CAAAACCAAGCAAAAAUGAAAAGUGGGGAAUAUGGUAACUUAUUCCUACAAUCCCCCAAAUUUGGCAGGCCAAAGCUGGAGGACUGCUAUAAGUUUGAGGCAGUUUGGACUGCAAAGUGAGUUGGAAGAUUAUUUAAAUAAUUAAAUAAAUAGAUAAAUAAGCAAAUAUAGAUCUUGUCGUGAGCCAGAUGGAUUCAGGAAGUGUGGAAGCUCCUUAUCCAUCUCUGACUAGAACUAGUGUCGAGGUACAGAUAUCUGGGGUUGGACCAUCAGUGGCAGCAGACAGGUGGGCAGUUCCUAGCCGUGUGAUGUCUACAGAGGGGUGGAGACUCUUCUGAAGGGAAAAAGAAGACAAGAAGGGAAAAGGCCUGGUGGAUGCUAGCAUGGGAAAGUAGACAAAGAAAGCUGGGGUCCCAGAGCACCUGGUAACUAACGACCUUAUCCGGUCACCUCCUUACUGCCCCAGCUUGACCUUUCUUUCCCAAAAUUGCACGGAGCCACUGCUAGGGCCUGGGUAUAGCAUCCUGACUCCAGAGAAGGAGAGGGGGGGUCCCCAGCUGAGCUGUGGGCUCUGUCUGUGAUACCAUCCAUCACACAGAGCAUCUGGGGAGAUGGAAGUAGAAUGAACAAACCCAGAGAGUCUAACAAACCAGAUUUGGUGAGGACACUGUGACUCCUUUGGGCUGUGACUCACAAGAAUGAUGUCACAAUGGGUUUGGAGGUGUGGCUCUUACUUUUAAACUGAGGUAAAGCAGCUCUCCCUCACAUUCCCUUCCCUUCUAUUCCUGAGUAGAUAAGAUGGAGUGGCAUGGGCCGGUCCCACGGCCUGUCGUCCACUGGGCAAAUGACUUUGGAGGUCCGUCUCAAGGACAGACGUGAGCGGAAAUGAUCUCCAGCCCAAAUCUGUGCAAAGCUGUUGUUUAGAAAUUUAUAUAGUCGAGGAAGAAAGCUCAAUGGCUCACUAAGGCGCUGAGUAAGCGCCCCUGACAUGCCAGAGGAAAGAUGGGUGAAUUCCAUCUUCAAUCCUGUGCCCAAGAUCCCACCCGUGGAGGACAUUUGGGACAAAGAAAAGGAAGAGGAGGAGGAGGAGGAAGAGGAGGAGGAGGAGGAGGACACCGUAGACCAAGAACAAGAGAAAGAAGAAGCAAACAGGAUCAAGGCCCUCCUCGGAGUACCCAAGCAGGACUCAGUGUGGGGCCUGAUGGCUUGGCCCAGGCACCCUCCAGAGCCAGCCUGGUGGUGGGAAGACUUUUCCCUGCCCCCACUCCGUGGACCCCGCCUCUGCCGGUGCAGACUGAGGACAAAGAUGAGGCUCCACCCCCUGCCUUCCCUGGCCUCCUGCUCCACCUCCAAAACCUUGCCCUCACUGGCAACCAGAGAUGAGCCCAACUGGCUAAGAAACCAGUCUCUGACGGAGCCUCCACCAGCUACCAGACUGAAGACCCCCAAGGCAAUGCAAAGGCUUCAUACCAAGGUCUCCCCUAAGAGAUCUACUGUCCCCAAGUCCGGGCGACAGCAGACCCCGAUGUCAAUGUGGCCUCCAAUUAUUUUAAACCCUCCCUCCAAGAGCUCUGCUCUUAAGGGACAACACACGUCCUCUGCCAAGGAGGCCUCCCAUACCCCAGGCGCCUGGAGCAAUCCCUUGCCCCACCUUCCUUCAAAAUAAAUAUUUUUGUUACACCAGCAA